AUGGCCGGACUCAAGCAAAUCGUCCUCGCGGCUUCGCUGCUGACUUCUUUGGUCGCGGCUGUUCCCAUGCUCGAUAAACGCGCCAUCUAUACCAACACCGUGACCGACAUCGUGUGGGUAACUGUCGAAGAAACCACCACCGUCUGGGUCGACCCCUCUGAUCCUACUCCGGCUCCUGCUCCUGCUGCCAGCACUACCACCACUGUUCCAGCAGCAGUCUUCGCCGCGGCAACUUAUUCUCCAUCCACCCUCGCAACCGCUGCUGUUGUUCCCGUGGAAGCCCCGUCAUCGUCCUCAUCGUGGUCCUCUGCUCCGGCUCCGGCUGCUUCUCCAGCCACUUCUCCCGCUGUCGUUCCGGCUGUUGCUCCUGCCCCGUCCUCUUCGUCAUCUGCUCCGGCUCCCUCCUCUUCUGCUGCCCCGUCCAUGGUCAAUGUUCAACCUAAGGACACGGUCGGGACUGAUGGUACCUGCGAGGGUUCGGGAGAUGCGUGCGAGGGUGACGUGACCCACUGGGAUGGUGGUCUUGGCGCAUGUGGAUGGAACGUCGAUACCAACAGCGAUUAUGAGAUUGCUCUUCCCUACGAAUUCAUGGGAACCGAGUCCAACGACAACCCAUACUGCGGUCGCUCGGUCACCUUGUACAACCCCACUUCGGGCACCACAGUCCAGGCCACCGUGGGCGACAAGUGCAUGGGCUGCGUCGAUCGAGCCAUUGACUGCACUGAUAUCCUUUUCAACGCCAUCACCGACGGCACCGGUAAUGGCCGUGUGAGCGGUAUCCAAUGGUGGUUGAACUAG